GCAGUUACUAGGGGAAAACGGGAUGUGUUCUUCCAACGUAAGCGGCGGUUCUGUACGUGGCAGCAGACAGCACGUACUCUUUUCAUAACCCGUGGGGGCGAACCGAUUGGCGUUGAAACGACUUGUUGUGAGAUAUCAUUCCUCCUCAAAAAACGCUAAAAAAAUAAAGGUUGAAGAGGAGCCAUGAGGAAGCUGCUGUCUGUUGUGGUUUGGACCCUGCUCUGCUGCUCUCUGAGUAUACAGGAAGACAUCUUCACCUCCAUAAGUCAGAUGACAGACCUGAUCCACACAGAGAAGGAGCUAGUGCAGUCCCUAAAGGAGUACAUCCAGGCAGAGGAGUCCAAGCUGGCUGCAGUGAAAAGCUGGGCCAACAAACUGGACUCCCUGACGCGGGUCUCCAGUUCAGAUCCCGAGGGCUUCCUGGCCCAUCCGGUCAACGCCUACAAGCUGAUGAAGAGACUCCACACAGAGUGGUCCCAACUGGAGAGCCUGGUGCUGCAAGACCCCUCUGAAGGGUUCAUUUCCAACAUAUCCACACACAGGCCGUUCUUCCCAGACCAGGAGGACGAGAAGGGGGCUGCCAAGGCUCUCAUGCGGCUCCAGGAUACGUACCAGCUGGACUCUGAGAGCUUCUCCCGGGGCAAGCUUCCAGGGCUCCACUCCAACGUGCUCCUGACGACGGACGACUGCUUCGACAUGGGCAAGACGGCCUACAACGACGGCGACUACUACCACUCGGUGCUGUGGAUGCAGCAGGCCCUGCGGCAGCUGGACAUGGGCGAGGACUCCGUGGCCUCCAAGGCCACCGUCCUGGACUACCUCAGCUACUCGGUCUACCAGAUGGGCGACCUGCCGCGCGCCAUCGAGCUCACGCUGCGCCUCGUGGCCCUAGACUCUGGCCACCAGAGGGCAGGGGCGAACCUGCGGUACUUUGAGCGGCUCCUUUCCAAGCAACUGACGGAGGUGAAGCAGUCCGAGCUGACUUCGUUCGAGGAGCCCAUCCAGAUCGGAACCUAUGCCAGGCCUAAAGACCACCUGCCGGAGAGGGAGGUCUACGAGGCCCUCUGCAGAGGAGAAGGGGUCCAAAUGACAGAGAAGAGGCGGAGCGGCCUGUUCUGCCGUUACCAUGACGGCAACAGGAACCCGCGGCUGCUGCUGAGGCCGAUGAUGGAGGAGGACGAGUGGGACAGCCCCCGCAUCGUGCGCUACCUCAACGCCCUGUCCCACGAUGAGAUCGAGACCAUCAAGCAGCUCGCCAAGCCCAACCUUGCUAGAGCCACAGUCAGAGACCCCAAAACAGGUGUUCUCACAACAGCAAACUACAGAGUAUCAAAAAGUGCCUGGCUCGAAGGGGAGGAUGAUCCUGUGGUAGCUAGAGUCAACCAGAGGAUAGAAGACAUCACAGGCCUCACUGUCAAGACCGCAGAGUUACUCCAGGUGGCGAACUAUGGAGUUGGAGGGCAGUACGAACCACACUUUGACUUCUCCAGGAAAGAUGAGCCUGAUGCUUUCAAAAGAUUAGGCACUGGAAAUCGUGUGGCAACUUUUUUGAACUAUAUGAGCGAUGUCGAAGCGGGUGGAGCUACUGUCUUUCCCGACUUUGGAGCGGCGAUCAGGCCCAAGAAGGGGACGGCGGUGUUUUGGUACAACCUGUUCAGUAGUGGGGAGGGCGACUAUAGGACCAGACACGCUGCCUGUCCGGUACUGGUAGGAAACAAGUGGGUGUCAAACAAAUGGAUUCACGAGAGAGGACAAGAGUUCAGAAGACCCUGUGGCCUGACACCAGGAAACUGAAUAGGCCGUAACCGCUUUGUUACGCAGUUUGAUUACCUGUGUAAUCAAACUGAAGGUUCAUGUUGAUUACACUUACACUUUAAAAUAAAUAACAAGGUUUUAUGUUUGCAAUCAAGUGUGACGAUUUAUGUUUUAAGUAACUGUUGAGUUAAGGUAUGCAAAAACAUAAAAGGUGAACUUGCAAUGAUGUUAAGAUAUUAAGAACAGUUUUUUAUUUUCUCACAGAUAGUUGAGCUAAUAUUGAAAUGAACGCAAGCCAUUAUUUGGCCAACCCUUUUCUCUCCAAUGAUGUGGCAGUAAGUUAGGAGCAGCCGCCAUUGAUGAUGUAAGAAUGACCCAAUUCACCCAACACUACAUCUUUGCACCUUUGUGAAUAACCUGUGUUCCUGCACCCAUAGUCACAUCAUUUGAUACCUGCUUCGAACACAAUCGUUGCAUAAAACAGUUGUGUUUUCUAGUAGAUUGUUCUCUACAGACAUAAAAUGGCUGUAGAGAACAAAUGUGUGACAUCUCACUUAAUUUUUACCCAACCAAAAAGCUUGGUAUGACUUUUGCAAACUUCAAAAAAACACAAGGAUAUAAGGUCAAGCGUAAUCAUACUUUAGGAUUUUAGGAAGAAUUGGAAAAUGAAAAAUAUAAAAAAAAGGUAUCAUGGCAUUUACCAUAUGCCCAUGCCCUUUUUAUUUAUGAAGGUUUGAAAUGAUUACACUGUGUUUUUCUAUGUUUCUCCUAAAAGCGCAUUGAGUCCAUGUAUACCAUAUGAAAUGUGCUAUACAAAUAAACUUGACUUGAUUGUUGAUAAAUAUUUUCUAUCUCAAUAA